AAGUCUGCGCCCGCCUUUUCGGACGGCGAAGAUGCCGCAGCUGUUGGCGUUGGCGCUGCUGCUGCUGUGCUGCGGGGCGGCGCUCGCCUUGGACGCCUCCCUCCUGCCCCCGGGCAGCCCCGCGGCCACCGAGGAGGGCGCCCGGCUCUUCGCCCAGGAAUACAACGCCACCGCCGAGACCGUCUUCUUCGACAACACGCUCGCCAGCUGGGUUUACAACACCAACCUCACCGACUUCAACGCCCAGCUGCAGGUGGCAGCUUCUUUGAUGGAGCAAGAAUUCAUAGAGGUUUGGGGGAAAAAAACAAAAGAAAUCUAUGGCAACAUUUGGCAAAACUUCAGUGAUCCUGAACUGAAGAAAAUAAUCAGUAACAUCCAGACAUUAGGCCCCUCCAAUUUGGAUCUGGAAAAGCGGCAGCGGUAUAACACUAUAAUGAGUGAGAUGGACAACAUCUAUUCCACUUCCAAGGUGUGUCUACCAAACCAGACCUCCAAUUGCUGGGCUCUAGAACCAGAUAUUACAGAUAUCAUGGCAAAUUCCCGCAGUUACAGCAAACUACUAUAUGCUUGGGAAGGGUGGCACAAUUCAGCUGGCAACCCCUUGAGGCCCAAGUAUGAAGAAUUUGUUUCAUUAAGCAAUGAGGCCUACAAGAUGGAUGGGUUCAAAGACACUGGUGCAUAUUGGCGGUCCUCAUAUGACUCACCAACAUUUGAGGAUGAUCUGGAAGAACUCUAUCAUCAGUUGGAGCCACUCUAUCUAAACCUGCAUGCUUUCGUCAGGAGGAAACUAUAUGACCGAUAUGGAUCCAAAUACAUCAACUUGAAAGGACCUAUUCCAGCUCAUUUACUGGGUAACAUGUGGGCCCAGCAAUGGAAUAAUAUUUAUGAUAUGAUGAUCCCUUUCCCAAAUAAACCUAAUGUGGACGUCACCAACACCAUGCAGCAACAAAAUUGGAACGUAACACGCAUGUUCCGGGUGUCGGAGGAAUUCUUCACCUCGCUUGGCAUGCUUGGAAUGCCACCUGAAUUCUGGGAGAAAUCCAUGCUGGAGAAGCCAACAGAUGGGCGGGAGGUGGUGUGCCAUGCAUCGGCAUGGGACUUCUACAAUCGCAAAGACUUCAGGAUAAAGCAGUGCACAACCAUCACUAUGGAGCAGCUCUUCACAGUCCACCAUGAAAUGGGACAUGUUGAAUACUACCUUCAGUAUAAGGACCAACCUGUCACAUUCCGGGAAGGGGCCAACCCUGGCUUUCAUGAAGCCAUUGGGGAUGUUAUGAGCUUAUCUGUCUCUACCCCUGCCCACCUCAAGAAAAUUGGUUUGCUCAGUGAAGUCACUGAAGAUAAAGAGAGUGAUAUCAAUUACCUGUUGAAAAUGGCCCUGCAAAAGAUUGCAUUUAUUCCCUUUGGCUACCUCAUAGACCAGUGGCGAUGGAACGUUUUCAGUGGCCGCACCACUCCCAGCCGCUACAAUUAUGACUGGUGGUACCUGAGAACAAAGUACCAGGGGAUCUGUCCUCCUAUUGCAAGAAAUGAAACAAACUUUGAUCCUGGUGCUAAAUAUCACAUUCCUGGCAAUACACCUUAUAUCAGGUAUUUUGUUAGUUACAUUGUGCAGUUCCAGUUUCAUAAGGCUCUUUGCCAAGCUGCCAACCACACCGGGCCUCUUCAUACCUGUGAUAUCUACCAGUCCAAAGAAGCUGGAAGGCUGCUCAGCGCAGCAUUGAGGCCUGGAUCUUCCCAGCCCUGGCAGGAUAUUCUUCAACAAAUCACUGGCACAAAUAAGAUGGAUGCUGCACCACUGCUGGAAUUUUUUAGCCCUGUUAUUUCGUGGUUGGAAGAGCAGAACAAGCAAACCAAUGAAACGCUGGGCUGGCCAGACUUUGAAUGGCGUCCCCCUGUCCCAGAGGGCUACCCAGAAGGACUUGAUAAAAUAACUGAUGAAGCGGAGGCUGCAAAAUUCUUGGAAGAGUACAACAGCACAGCUGAAGUGGUAUGGAAUACUUACACCGAGGCCUCUUGGACAUACAACGUCAACAUCACAGAACACAACAAAAAUAUCAUGUUAGAAAAGAAUCUAGAAUUGUCAAACCACACCCUGCACUAUGGUCUUCGGGCUCGGACAUUUGAUCCCACUGAUUUUAAAGACCCCAGCAUAAAGCGUAUUCUGAAGAAACUGAGUGAUAUCGAGCGGGCAGCCCUAUCUGAACAGGAGCUGAAGGAGUAUAAUCAGCUCCUCUCAGAUAUGGAAACAACUUACAGCGUAGCCAAAGUCUGUACAGGAGAGAAAGUCUGCAAGUCACUUGAUCCUGAUCUUACAAAAACCAUGGCCCAAUCAAGGGACUAUGAUGAACUCCUAGAAGCAUGGAAAGGCUGGCGGGAUGUAUCAGGCAAGAAAAUCCGGACCCCUUACAAGAGAUAUGUGCAACUUAGCAAUAAGGCUGCCAGACUAAAUGGUCAUGCAGACAAUGGUGCUUUCUGGAGAUCACUAUAUGAAACACCAGCUUUUGAAGAAGAUCUAGAGAGGAUCUGGCAUCAGCUUCAGUCAUUGUACUUCAAUUUACAUGCCUAUGUACGUCGGGCUCUCUACAAAAAAUAUGGAGCAGAUCACAUCAAUCUCAAGGGCCCUAUCCCAGCUCAUUUACUAGGAAACAUGUGGGCACAGUCAUGGGCAAACAUUUUUGACCUUGUGGCACCCUUCCCAAAUGCUAUCAAAGUGGAUGCCACACCAGCAAUGAAAAGCAAGGGCUGGACACCAAAGAAGAUGUUUGAAGAGUCAGAUAAUUUUUUUAAAUCACUGGGCCUCAUCCCUAUGCCUGAUGAGUUCUGGAAAUCAUCCAUGCUGGAAAAACCAAAAGAUGGGAGGGAAGUGGUUUGCCAUGCAUCAGCAUGGGACUUCUACAACCGCAAGGAUUUCAGAAUUAAGCAAUGCACCGUUGUGAAUAUGGAUGACUUAAUAACAACUCACCAUGAAAUGGGGCAUGUCCAGUACUUUCUGCAGUACAAGGACCAACCCAUUUCAUUUCGUGAUGGGGCCAACCCAGGAUUUCAUGAAGCCAUUGGAGAUGUCAUGGCCCUAUCGGUGUCUACUCCAAAACACUUAUUCAGCAUCAAGCUGCUAGAUCAGGUGGAAGACAAUCCUGAGAGUGACAUUAACUACUUGAUGAGCAUUGCAUUGGAUAAGAUUGCUUUCCUGCCCUUUGGCUAUCUGAUGGACCAAUGGAGAUGGAAAGUUUUUGAUGGCCGUAUUACAGAAGAUGAGUACAAUCAACAGUGGUGGAAUUUAAGACUGAAAUAUCAAGGUUUAUGUCCACCUGCACCAAGAUCAGAAGAUGAUUUUGACCCAGGAGCAAAAUUCCACAUUCCUGCCAAUGUCCCCUAUGUCAGGUACUUCGUUAGUUUUGUUAUCCAGUUCCAGUUCCACCAAGCUCUUUGUAAAGCUGCUGGCCACACAGGACCCUUGCACAAGUGUGACAUCUACAACUCUGAGGCAGCUGGAACAAUCCUGGGGAAUGCCUUGAAGCUGGGCUUCAGCAAACCAUGGCCAGAAGUCAUGCAACUUAUCACAGGGCAACCCAACAUGUCGGCUGAUGCUUUGUUGACUUAUUUCCAACCACUGACAGACUGGCUCAUCAACCAGAACUUGAAAAAUCAAGAAACUCUAGGCUGGCCUGAAUAUACCUGGCUACCCUAUGCGGGCCAAGUGCAAGCAGACAACAAAGUCAAUUUCCUUGGGAUGUUGAUGACCAGCAGCGAAGCCGCAGCAGGACAGUGGAUUUUGCUUGUCCUUGGACUCCUCCUUCUUAUUGCAGCAAUAGUAUUGGGGGCCAAAUGGCACCAGGCCAGGAGAAGAGCCACCAGAUCAAGCAUGGAAAUGGAGUUGAAAUAAGUUAUAUGUUUUUAAUCUGUCUCCUGCUUGUGCCUCCAACUAAAUGAGCAAAGAGACAAAGGAAGGCUGUGCAUGUAUGUGUGUGAGUACAUAUGUACAACAAGCAAGUGUGUGCUAAUGUGCGUGAGAGAACAAUAAACAGAGAAUGAAUGGGUGAAUGAAUGAAUGAAUGAAAUUAAGAUAUUGUGUCUGGUGAGAGUAUGAGUGCGUAGUCUGAGAAUUGGUGAGCAUAUACAUUAUACACAUCUGGAAUUCUAUGCCUAAAGUGUAUGUUUAUUAAUUGUGGCUACACAUAUGUGCCUGCAUCUUGUGUGGCCUAAACUGGAAGGCAGAAUUCAACUCUGGACAAUACUACCUGCAUGUGAUCAUGAAUCCAAUCUCUCUCUGCUACAGUAAGGGGGCAGCUUUGUACAAUCAGGGCAGUUGUGUCAGCAAAGACACAGGACUCUUUCUUCUGAUCUGUUCUUCAAAAACCUUUUGAUUAUGCAAGCACCAAAGCAAAAAAAGAAAAACAAAAAGGAAAAACCUUUUAUUUAUUGUAAAUGUCUGGAUUCCUGAUGGAGGAAAAACAAUGGAAAAGAAUGAAGAAUGGGAUUGUGUGAUUAAGUUUUGGUGCUGGGAAUGAUGAACAGUAUAAAUCAAUGUUGACUCUGUGGUUUUCCUCAAGUUUGUAUACAUCCAUUUUGGGAAAUAAUGAAUUCUAGAAAAAUUGCUUUUACUCUGACAGGUGAUAUGUUAGGUGGCAGGGGCCGUUUCUCCAAGAGUUGUGUGUGUGCACACACUUCAGGCAGUUUCUAAGACUGUUUGGUCCAUGGAAGGUAAUUAAAAUGGAUUACACAA